AUGGUGAGGUUUUCAGCGUUCAUGGUUUUGGCUUUUUUGUGCUUGUGGGCAACUGCUAUAGAAGCAGAAGAACACCCAAAAUACAAAGACCCAAAACAGCCGUUGCAUGUCAGAAUCAAGGAUCUCAUGAGUAGAAUGACCCUUGAAGAAAAAAUUGGCCAGAUGACGAUGAUCGAGCGGAACGUUACAUCCCCAGAAGUCAUUAAGAAAUACCAUAUAGGGAAUAUUUUGAUUGCUGGAGGGACUGCACCAGCUCCCCAAGCUUCUGCUGAGCAAUGGAUGGAUAUGACUGAUGAAUUCCAAAAGUGGGCUCUUUCCGAUCGUCUUCGAAUUCCAGUUAUUGUAGGAAUUGAUGCUAUUCAUGGCCAUAACAAUGCCUACAAUUCCACUAUUUUCCCUCACAAUGUCGGCCUUGGAGCUACCAGGGAUCCCCAACUUAUUAAAAAGAUCGGGGCUGCAACUGCUCUUGAAGUCAGAGCUACAGGAAUCCCUUAUGCUUUUGCUCCUUGUAUUGCGGUUUGUCGGGAUCCUAGAUGGGGACGUUGUUACGAAAGUUACAGUGAAGAUCCCAAAAUUGUACAAACAAUGACUGAGAUAAUACCUGGUCUCCAAGGAGACAUUCCAACCAAUUAUCCAAUGAAUUUUCCAUACAUCAAUAAUGACAGGAUAAAAGUUGCAGGGUGUGCAAAGCACUUUGUGGGAGAUGGUGGCACAAUUAAUGGUAUUGAUGAGAAUAAUACUAUCAUAGACUGGAAUGGAUUAAAAAAUAUCCAUAUGCCUGCCUAUCAUGAUUCUGUAAGAAAGGGUGUUGCAACUAUUAUGGUAUCCUACUCAAGCUGGAAUGGGAAGAAGAUGCAUUCUAAUUAUGAUCUCAUCACAGGGUACCUCAAGAAUAAGCUAAAAUUCAAAGGUAUUGUCUCAUCAGAUUCGGAGGCUAUUGAUCGAAUAACAUCCCCGCCACAUGCUAACUAUACUUAUUCAGUUCAAGCUAGUAUUCAAGCUGGAAUUGAUAUGGUCAUAGUUCCAUACAAGUUCCUUGAGUUCAUUGAUGACCUGACCUUACUGGUGAAGAAAAAUGUGAUCCCAAUGAGUAGAAUUGACGAUGCUGUGAAGAGGAUAUUGAGGGUCAAAUUUAUGUUAGGACACUUUGAGAAUCCAAUGGCUGAUCGAGCCUUGGCGAGUCAACUUGGAAGUCAGGAGCAUAGAGAAUUGGCUAGAGAAGCUGUGAGGAAAUCACUCGUUCUUCUCAAGAAUGGAAAAAAUGGUGACGAAACUUUCCUUCCUCUUCCAAAGAAAGCACAAAAGAUACUCGUGGCAGGAACUCAUGCUAACGACAUUGGAAAUCAAUGUGGAGGAUGGACAGUAGAAUGGAAUGGCCAAUCGGGUGACAUUACAGUCGGUACUACAAUCUUGACAGCUGUCAAGAACACUGUAGAUACCAGCACAGAAGUUAUAUACAGUGAAAAUCCCAACAGGGAAUUCUUAGACUCCAAUGACUUCUCUUAUGCUAUUGUUGUUGUGGGUGAACUACCGUAUUCAGAAUCUGUCGGAGAUAGCAAAGACCUGAAAAUAGCUGAACCAGGAUACAGUACAAUAACUAAUGUGUGUGAAUCUGUGAAAUGUGUUGUCAUUGUCAUUUCUGGGCGCCCAGUCAUAAUAGAACCUUACCUCGAAAAAAUGGAUGCACUUGUGGCUGCUUGGCUUCCGGGAACAGAAGGCCAGGGUGUCGCCGAUGUUCUUUAUGGCGACUAUGGUUUCACAGGGAAGCUUGCCCGCACUUGGAUGAGAACGGUCGACCAGCUUCCGAUGAAUGUUGGUGAUGCAAAUUAUGAUCCUCUAUUUCCAUUUGGUCAUGGCCUUACAACCACACCUAGAGAACAAAUAGCAGCCCAGUAA